AGUGGACAUCAAGAAAAGUGGAACCAGAUUCAGACUCAGAAGUGGUGGUGCUUGAAAAACUUGAACCACCCAACGACAUAAAGGAAUUGUUGAUGCAUGCAUACAUGGGUGCAGGGUGUACAUUAUGGUUGAACAAAGACAAUUCGAUCUUUAAUGUAGAAUAUAUCAGACUGGAUAAGUGUUUGAACUGGGAAAUUCUUCCACCUUUUGGGCAGCUUCCUCGUCUCAAGUAUCUUUACCUUCAUAACAUGCCAAAAAUAGAGCUGCUUGAUAAUAAAUUUCAUCAUGAUAAAAGGUUUGUACCCUUCAAUCACUGGAGUUGCUACAUAUUGAAAAUUUUCAAGUAUUGGAGGUAUGGUUUGAUGUAGAAGCAACAAUAGAUAACUGUUUGUUUCCUUGCUUAAAUAAACUUUACCUCAAGGACUGCCCAAAGUUGCAGGAGUUGUCCUAUUUACCUCCUAAGCUCAAGAGAUUGGAGUUAGAUAACAUUCCGUGGAAAUCUUUUGACUUUCUAAAGGAUAACAACAGCUGUUGCAACAUUAUAAUUCAAAAUUGCGGCAAUUUAAAGUAUUUCUCAAGAGAUAUGGCUUCGAGCUACGAGCUCAGAUUGAGUGCAGAAGUUAUAAAUGAUCCAUCCGUGUUGAUGAUGGAGCCAUUGAGAAGUACUGAGUCCAUUAACUUGUUGACAAUUAGUGAUUGUCCGAUGAUUUCAUUUCCAUAUGGGGCUGAGCAGUGGUUUCAGAAAGUUAGUUACCUCUGUGAGUUGAACUUGGAAAGGCUUCAAAAUCUUGAGUCUCUCACUUAUUUCUCUUCACUUGAGAUUUUACAUAUGAUAGAUGUUCCCAAGCUCCAGAGGGUGUCGUACAUCCCCGCCUCUCUGAAACAAUUAAGGCUUCAAAAACUUGAAUCAUUGCAGGAUCUUCCAUCUUUUAGGGACGUCUCUUCACUUGAGAUUUUACAAAUGAUAGAUGUUCCCAAGCUUCAAAGGCUGCCGAACUUCCCGGCCUCUCUGAAACAAUUAAGGCUUCAACAACUCGAAUCAUUGCAAGAUCUUCCAUCUUUUAGGAACGUCUCUUCACUUAAGAUUCUAUAUGUGAUACAUGCCCCUAAGCUCCAGCAACUGCCUAGCAUCCCGGCCUCUCUGAAAAAUUUAAAGCUUGAAGAACUUGAAUUGUUGAUGCAUCUUCCAUGUUUUAGGGACGACUCUUCACUUAAGACUCUACAUGUGAUAGAUGCUCCUCUCCGGCAACUGCCUAACAUCCCUGCCUCCCUGGAACAAUUAUGGCUUGAAAGACUCGAAUCAUUGCAGAGUCUUCCAUCAUUUAAGGGUGACUCUUCACUUAAGAUUUUACAUGUUAAAAAAGUUCCUCUGCUUCGACUGCUGCCUGAAAUCCCCGCCUCUCUCGAACACUUAGAGAUUAAACAUCUAGAAUCAUUACAACACUUGUCAUUUUCUUUUUCCAAAUCUUCACUUAAAAUUCUACAUGUGAAAGAUGUUCUUCAGCUCCGGCUGCUACCUGAAAUCCCUGCUUCUCUGAAACAUCUAACGCUUGAAUAUCUGGAGUCAUUGCAGAGUCUUCCAUCAUUUAGGGUUGACUCUUCACUUGAGAUUUUACGUGUGGAAAAUGUUCCUCUGCUCCGGCUGCUGCCUGAAAUGCCCGCCGCUCUGAAAUGUCUAACUCUUCAAUAUCUCAAAUCAUUGCGGUGGCUGCCAAUUUCUUUGCCCAACUCUUCACUUGAAACUCUACAUAUUAAAAUGGUUCCUCAACUCCAACUGCUCCCACCGAAGAUCCCCACCAGUCUCAUAAAAUUAGAGCUUGAAAAUCUCGAAUCGUUGCAGUGCCUCCCAUCUUCUUUGUUGGACGUCUCAUCCCUUGAGUAUCUAUCCCUAGAAAGCAUUCCCAACCUCAAAUCACUGCCAGACCUCCCACCCUCUUUGUCUACCCUCCGUCUAAAGAAGCUUGAUCAAUUGGAUUGCUUGCCUUCAUGCAUAUCUAAUCUUUAUUCUCUCACUUGCAUUGAUAUCGGUGAAGCCUGCAAACUCCGGGAAUUACCAGAUCCUCCUCCCUCCGUAAAUCUUUUAUCAAUCAUGGGCUGUCAUCCAGAGUUGAUGGAGCGCUAUAAAGAGUUUUCAGGCUCUAAUUGGUGGAUUGUAGAAUAAGCAUCAACAUGGUGCUCACCAGUAUUCAGGACUCUGGCAGCAAAUGACAAGAACUGAAACAAUGAAUUUUGAGUUGGAGUCGUGAUGCAUCCGGACUUCAUGGACAUCAUUGUUGUACACAUUGUACAACAAUUUGUACAACAUCGUUGAAAUGCACUCAUAA